UGGUCGUGCAGGCGUAACUUUCGCUCUCGUCGUGUUUCAAACAUUCUCAUCCAAAACAUUGGUCAAGGACAAUGAAUUUCGCCAAGAUGUACGCCUCGAUAGUGCUUGGAUUUGAAUUGUUAUUGUCGAGAACUGAUGGAGAUAAGCUUUGUUCGUGUUAUAGCUUUAAUAACAAGUCAUUUGGUUGGACAUGGCCACAAGCAAUGGGUAGCUGUCAAAACCGCAAGAAAACACUUGUGAUGAUGGAAACAGAGCGGGAAUGGGAAUUUAUCAAAAAUGAGAUUCAAAACCGAGUAGGCAGUAAAAAUGGUGAAUGGUUUAUAGGCUUGGAGCGAAAUAUUACAACAGGGAAUUGGACUUGGAUCAAUGGUAAACCUCUCACUAUUGACAAAUGGCAGGGCUCAAAUCCUGACCCAAACGACUUUUAUGGGAUGAUUCAUGAGAAAUUUGGAUUCUAUGGAUCUUUUAGUACUGUAAAAGUCGAGGUACAAAGAGGUUGGAUUUGCGAGGAAGAAACAGGUAUUGAUCAUCCACAAGCAAAGAGCGGCUAGAGCACGAAAGAAGUGUCGGAAAAAAACACGAGACGUAGU